AUGGCCUAUCAUCAACAACCACCAUACGGCGGAUACAACCCAAACCAGCCUCCCCAGGCACAUGGUUAUCAGCAGUCGUACCAGCAACAACCAUCCUAUCCCCAACAGCAGCAGCAACAAUACCCUCCACAGUCUUAUCCCCCGCAACAAUUUGCUGCUCCGCAAGGCCCUCCACCCCAACAAUUUCCACCGCAAGGCCAAUAUGGUCAGCCUCCACCGGGUCAGAAUAACUAUCAUGCCGGUGCCCCUCUUCAACCCGGGCCGGGAUACCACCCUGGCCCUCAACAAGGCGGCUACCCCUCCAACCAAUCUCCUCAGCCAGGAUACAACGGCCAGCCUCAAUUUCAACAAGGACCUCCCGGACAAGGACAGCAUCAGAACUACGGUCCUCCAGGUCAAGCACAGCAUCAGAAUUAUGGUCCUCCAGGUCAAGCACAGCAAUUCCAACAAGGACAACAUCAGAACUAUGGCCCUCCAGGACAAACACAGCAUCAGAACUACGGUCCUCCAGGACAAGCACAUGCGCCAGUCGGCGGACCAGGUUUCGCACCCCAAGGUGGUCCAGGUGGUCACCAGAUGAGCGGAGGCCCGAGCCUCGACCCUCCACCCGCAAUGCCAACACUCGGCUACGUACCCGGCCAAAUCGCACCUGGAGACUUCACUCGUCAAGCCGACACCCUCCGGAAAGCAAUGAAGGGAUUCGGCACUGACGAGAAGGCCAUCAUUCAGACCCUGGCACCCCUUGAUCCGCUACAGAUGGCUGCAGUACGUGCAACUUACUCAAGACAUAUCAAGCGCGAUCUUUACGACGAUGUUAAGAGUGAGACGGGUGGAUACCUUGAACGUGGCUUGCUGAGUGUUAUUGAAGGCCCGUUGGGCUCUGAUGUUGCCUGGGCUCGCGAGUCUGUGGCUGGACUUGGAACUAAGGAGUGGCUUAUGAAUGAGGCUCUACUUGGUCGUUCCAAUGCUGAUAUACGUGCUAUCAAAACGGCCUAUGAGCGCAAGUAUCAUCGCAAUUUGGAGCGCGAUGUGGUGGAUGACUUGUCUUUCAAGACUGCAGACCUUUUCAAGUUGGUUCUUCAAGCGGACAGGCACGAUGAGCGCGCUGAGUUAAAGGGACAUCACAUUGAAUCGUGGGUCAGUGCCAUACAUGCUAAUAAAUCGGUCGAGAGCGUGUGCGCGAUUAUGGCAAAGGCAUCGAAUGCGGAACUACGUGCUAUGGAUCAAAGAUGCCAUAUGCUUGGCGAGCACAAAUCUUUGGAGACAGUUAUUACGGAAAGAUUUUCAGACCAUAUGAAACAUGCAUUUGUGUUUAUGAUACGAACCGCUACGGAUCCGGCCAUGCGUGAUGCUUUUCUGCUCAAUGAAGCAAUGGAGGGGUUGGGAACCGAUGAUGAGCGGUUGGUCGUGAGGAUUGUGCGGUUGCACUGGAACCCAGACCAUAAGGACCAAGUGAAGCGUGCUUAUCGUCAUCAUUUUAACAAGAACUUGAUUGAUGUUGUGCGUGGGGAAACCUCGGGUGAUUAUGAGAAGUUGAUGGUUGCUCUGUUGCAGUAG